CAACCACAUACUGCGUAGCGACAAUUCACUGAGCCUAGUUUGGUAUUGCAUAACGUUUAAGGUGUGGGAGUGGGAGGUAAACUAUUUUGUAUUGUGAUACUUAUGUCUAUACAUAGAUGUUAUCUCAUAGUGCUAACAUGUUAACGACUUCAAAUGGGACAUGAUCUAUGGUUCUGUUCGGACGCAUAUCAGAGUCUCUCGGUUAUACUGAUUCAUACGUUCCCCGGAGAAUUACGUGACUUCUUCUGGAGGAUUCUUUGCAUGGAAAUACAAAAUCUAUGUGACCACUAAUGGCGAAGGCGAUUAAAGCUACAUGGAUCCUUAUUGGCCUGUUUUGGGUGGAUUUAUCACACUCGCAACGGUGUGGAGCCAAGUGCCUCAGCUGCGACUACAGCGUGUGUACGGAGUGUGUGUACGGGUGGUACGGCACCGACUGUACAGAGGAGUGUCAAGGAUGCUGGUACGGCAAAUGUGUUAAAGAAGAUGGACGAUGUGUCCAGUGCCAACCCGGAUAUCACUCAAAUGAUUGUAACGUGCCAUGUCCACGUGGCUGCCGUGCAAGUUCUGAUGGCAACCGGUACUGUGACCGACACACAGAGAGGUGUCUGGAGGGGUGUGUCCCUGGUCGGUGGGGACAUCAGUGUCAGAAACUCUGCCCCGGCAACUGUGAUCAGUCCGCAUGUCACCAGGACGCAGGAACAUGUCUUCUUGGCUGCACCCAUGGAUGGUUCGGACAGUUGUGUGAUAAACCAUGUCCAGAAAACUGUCUUCACAAUAGGUGUAACUUAUUCCGGGGAUACUGUGGUCAAUGCAAGCCUGGGUACAUUGGGGAAAAGUGUGGCCUUUCCUGUACAAACUGUGUUGACAAUGUAUGUACCUACAAUGAAUUGUUAUCAUCCGUUCGAUGUACCAAAGGAUGCGUCAGAGGGUGGAGUGGGGAGGACUGUUUGACGAGAUGCAGCAAACAUGCAUAGACGAGAGAUGCAACAUGGAUGGCAGCUGCCAGGAAUGUAGGAAUAGUUACCAUGGUGACACGUGCACUGAGAGAUGCGCAGAUAAUUGUUUGAAAUGUGAUCAGAAGUCAGGAUUGUGCACCAAAAGGAGGGAGAUACAUGUCAUUCUUCAAACACAUGUUAAAGAAGAUGUUACAAAUCAGGGGUGUGUGACGAUGUCCCCAUCUCACUGGGCGUGGCUGGUGGUGACUAUAUACUGCCUGUUCUAUUAACAUUGUGUGUGUGGACACGCUUGGAGAAGACGUGGUGAAUACUCCUACUGUUUAUCAGCCCUUCUCUUGGUGUUCAAGGAUGGUCGAUAACAGUUCGGAAAUAUCACCAUUCAGCAGACAUUGCGUCAAAGACUGAUACCAUCUAGACAAAGUACUGGGAAUUAUUCCUGUAGGAUUGACAUACGUUUUUUUUCCUUAGUUUACUCAUUUAGGCGGACGACGUCGUACAACGAACCGAAUCACAAGAUGACAUACAUUCAAUGCUAGACACUGUCUCACACUGGGACCAAAGGAUUGGAAUCCAUACUUACGAUAAGAAAUCUCCAGUGAUAUAUUUGAGCAACAUCUCGACCACAUUUCUGAACUUCUGAACAGCUGGAGUAAAACUACAUGGCGAAAGAAAAGGCUGCUUCGGCUGGACGAGCCUUGGGACAGGUUACCACAGUAACAUUGAUGCAGAUGGUGAGAACACAUGUGAAAGAGGCCGAAACUGCAUACAACAGUUCAACACGAAGUAGGCCCGCGAGGUU